CUCAUACCCAUCACAACAGGCGUGCCCCUACAUAUAUUCUACAAAUUAAAACCCAAUAAAAAAAACAAUAAAGUGCACAAUGUCCCCAAGCAAGAUGAUCACCAAGUUAACAAUUCUUGCAUGCUUCAUAUUCAUCUCAUGCAGUGAAGUGAUCCUGUCAAUCUCGGCUCUCGAAAGCUUUUCCACGUUACGACCUGAAGGUUCCAAGCUCUCAAAGCGCCUUAGGCAAGAACAAGAAGUUCAUGCAGGACAUGAUGAUGUUAAUGGGACAGUUGGGCUGUAUGGAGACGGUACAGGUAGUAUUGAUCAUGAAAAAGGUUACAACGAGAAGCAAGAAAUAUACGAUUCGGGGAAGUCACAGAGAGGGAAGGGAGCCUAUGGUGGUGCAAAUAUUGUUCAUCGACCUCGCCGAGGUGAAAGAAGUGCAGCAUCAUCACUGGUAGCAAAGCCCCGAUUUUUCACCUCAACCUUACUAUUUUAUGCAAGCUUGGGUUUAAUCCUUGUUUCUCCUUCCUAUAUCAUGUGGAUGUGAAGUUUGAUAUGCUGCUAGCGAUUCCGAUCCUCCAAUAUUUCACAUUUUAUUUGGUGCAUGCAUGCAUGUGGCACGAACAUUUCUGGGCUUCCCUAGCUAGCUAUUAGCAUAUAUCCUUCAACUUUCGUGUGUAAUUUUAUUGUUGAUCAAUUAUAUUAGACAUGUAAUUUUUGAAAAUUUUGUUGUAUUAUUUGUACUUUGGUAAUUAAAUUAGUGCGGUAAUGUUAAGCACCGUGGGGAAAGAUUCUA